AAUAAAUCGUCACGGUUGCGUUCCGGCUUCCAGUUUAGUGAGAGGGAAAAAUGGCAGGCAGAUUGAGCAGCGUCGCAUCACGGAUCAUGGGAGGAAAUGGAGUUGUUUCCCGCUCCGUGGCUUCCUCUCUUCCCCUCCGCUCCGGCAUGGGCCUUCCCGUCGGCAAGCACAUCGUCCCUGAUAAACCGCUUCCGGUGAAUGACGAGCUAGUUUGGGACAACGGAACUUCAUUUCCGGAACCCUGCAUAGAUCGAAUUGCCGACACUGUUGGUAAGUAUGAGGCGUUGGCUUGGAUGUGUGGGGGUUUGAGCUUCUUUGCAUCCCUAGGAUUACUUGCUGUGUGGAAUGAUAAAGCUUCUAAAGUUCCGUUUACACCCAAAGUUUAUCCAUAUGACAACCUACGCGUGGAGCUUGGUGGAGAACCAUAGGUUGAUCAAUUCUCAGAGUGCUCUUGUAAAAUUCUCUGUUCUCUCUCUUAAUUUCUUAUUCUGUUGCAAUUCAGAAAGAGUUUCAAAUAAGUUCAUGUUGGCUUGUUUCUGAAACUGUCAUCUUCAAACAAACAGCCUGCGAUGCCUUUUUGUUUAGAACACAUUGAAUGUCACAUGACAAGAUGCAGCACCCUCUGUUGUCCUCAUUUGGGUUAUUGAUUUUUGCCAUUAUCAUGUUGUUAAUAUAGCAUACGUGGCCUGAGUUGAAGAGAAUAUAUGAUAACAAUCUGU